AUGAAUAAAAUUAAAGAAAGUCUCCAGAGCUUGCUUUCAAGUUUUAAAGCUCGUAUAGAUUCUCCAACUCCAAAAGAUAAUUCACCAACUCCAGCACCUGGUCAAACUUCCUUAUCAGAUUCAAAUUUACUUAAAAAUUUUGAAUUACAACAAAAGCUAUUAAUGGAGAAUAAAAAUCUCAGAGAUACAUUUCAAAAAUCAGUUAUGCAAUUUAAAUUAUCACCUCAAAUGUUUUGGUCAUCAAGAUUAAAUCAAUUAAGAACUUAUGCUUUAACUUUAAGUCAGCAUAAAGGUCCAUAUAAUGUUUUAUCCACUAUUAAACCAAUUGCAACUGCAGAAAAUACAGUUAAUGUCCAAGUGACUAGAGAAGUCAUUAAUCAAAUUUUUGACAUUUAUCCAAUAACAAAGACUGCUUUUCAAGAGUUGGUACCGUCUAGAUUAACUGAAGGUGAAUUUUGGUCAAGAUUUUUCAAUUCAAAAUUAUUUAGAAGGCUAAGAGGUGAUAAAAUUGAUUCUUCAAGGGGUGAUGCAAUUUUAGAUAAAUAUUUAUUUAUGGAAUCUGAUACUAAAAGAAGGAAAAUUGAAAAUAAAGUGUUGGAUUUAGAAGGUAAUGAAGUAGAUAAUUCACAGAAAUUGGGUAAUAAACCAGAUUUUACAAUGAAGGAAAAUGUAAAUGAUUUAAUGAGAAAUUUAAAUAAAUUAAGUGAAACAUUAGUACAUACCACUGAUAAUGAACAAGAAGAACCUGAAUCAUUGCAAGAAGAAGAAUUGGAUUUACAUGAUUUAGAGGAAGUUCAAGAUUUUAAUUAUAUAAAAUUGAAUAUUAAAGUUAAUGAUCAUGUUGAUAAUAAAAAAAUUGAAAAUGUAGAAGAAUUAAAACAAUAUUUGGAUCUGCAACUAAUAUCAAAUUAUGAUUUAACUCAAACUUAUCAAAAUAAAGAAACAGAUAUUGAAAAUACAAAUAAUGAAAUUACUUAUUUAUUGAAAACAAACUAUAAAAAUUUCAAAUCAAUUAAUAAAGAUUCACAGAAUAUAAUUCCAAAUUCAAUAAUACAAGAAAUUAUAACGUAUAAUAUAACAAUUGUUGAAUUUCUAUCACAUUUUUGGCAAUUAUUUCAAAGUGGAUCAAAUUCGAAUCAAUUGAAAAAGAUAUAUGUUUCUUUGAAAAAUUGUUUAAAAAGUUUACAAGAUUUAAAGGAAAAGGAUAUGAGAGAAUUGAAUGAGAUUGAAUUGGUAAAGAAUAAUGAGAAACUAAAGGAUAAAAUAUAUAAGGAAUUGAUAAAUUGUAUAGAUCCAAUGGAAUCACCUUUGACGAAAGCUAUUCAAGUUUAUGAAGGUGCUAUAGUGGUUGAAUAA